UUACGUAUAGACAGCCUACUGCUGCGAUUGAUUGGAGGAAUUCGAAGAGGGCACUGUUCGAGUCACUGACUUCGGCGGGAAAAACAAAAAUGGCUCCAUAGGUUUCACGGCAAGAGGAAAGGAGACCUCCAAAAAAACCCGGAAUAUUUUAAUCAUAUAUUAAGAAAAGCGAUCUAUUUUCAGCCGUAAACUCAAUACCUACAUUCAAUAAGGUAAACGUGAAAAAUGGAUGAUGCAGAGACCCGGUUCACCCACCUCUUGCAACCAGUCAGGGACCUGACGAAGAAUUGGGAGGUGGAUGUAGCAGCUCAGUUGGGUGAAUACUUGGAGGAGUUGGACCAAAUCUACAUUUCCUUUGAUGAUGGGAAAACUACAAUGAACUUUGCAGAAGCUGCUCUUCUCAUUCAGGGGUCAGCAUGUAUUUACAGUAAAAAGGUGGAAUACCUCUACUCAUUGGUGUACCAGGCACUGGAUUUUAUUUCCAAUAAAAAGAGGGACCAGCAGCAAGCUUCUGUAGGAGCAGAUGGGGUGGAUAAGGAUGCGACUUUUGCACAUCGCAAUGAUGAAGAGGAAUUUCUAAGUCUAGAUGAUAUAAGAGACCCCAAGAAAACAAAUGUGGACAUUAAAAAGGAACAAGUCCUCAAUGUAGUUAACAUUGUUCCACUUACUCCAAUGGCACUUGUCCCUCCUGAGGAGUUUGAGAAGAAAAAUAACCCUUUGUGUAGCCGUAAAGGGGAGGUCUUAGCCAGCAGGAAGGAUUUCCGAAUGAACACUUGCACGCCUCACCCCAGUGGAGCAUUUAUGCUGGAACUAGCUGGAAAGUCCCCUAUGCAGCUCCUACAACAUAUCCAACAUCAGGGAGAGGUCAGCCUUGCACAAGGUACAAAAAACUCGAUUCCAUCUGGCCCCAAUAAUGACGUGGGCAGAGGAAAAUCUAGAAGGGCUGACAGCCUUAGAUAUUCCAGGCAGUCAGAAUACGGAGCACCAGCAGUAGAGAAUGGCGACGGGGCUGGAUUUCUUCCACUUGAUGAUCACGAUGAAGAAAUGGAGCAUGCAGAGCACUUGGAGCGACAAAAGAUGCAGACAGAGGAGAGAGGUUACGUUCUUCGGGACAGAGUUGCUGAGCAAAAACCUGCUCCACCAAAGAAUGAAACUCCUGACCCCUGGUGUGAGCUGGAUCCUUUUGAGUCUUGUGAAGAGAAGCCAUUUAAGAAAGGUAAACACUAUACACUUCCUAGAGGGAUUGCAGAAGACCUCACUUCAAACAAGAGAAAGCGAAAGCUACCUUGCAAGUUGCAGGACUUCAUGAAAUGGUUCUCUUCUACACAUUGGGAUGGUUCAGAAGCCAUAAAAUCAAGAAGAAAAGGACCAACAUUUGCAGACAUGGAAAUGUUGUAUUGGAAGCACAUAAAUGAGCGCAUGACUGCACAAAGGCAGCUUCAUAGGAAAAUGGGUGCACAGUUUGUAAAAGAGGUCACAUUGUUGAAUGAAGAGGAGGAGAUAAUUAGUCCAUUGGAAGAGCCUCGUGAUGCAGACGACUUGGAUUAUGAUGACCCUGCAGAUGAUGCUUCAGACCACAACGAUUUGGGAGAGAAUAUUCCAGCUUGUUUACGUGAGGAGCCAGCCCUUGGGGAUAUAGAGCCCAUAACUCUCCAUGAUGAGUUAAGUUACGAGGAGCUGGUGAGAAGAAAUGUGGAGCUCUUCAUUGCAAAUUCUCAAAAGUAUGCCCAGGAAACUGUACUUUCCUUGCGGGUGCGUGAGUGGGAGGAUAAAAUGGGCCCACAGUUGCAAGAACAGGAAGAACGUGGAGCUUUCGACAUCCAUGAUUAUGGUGACCGAUUAACUGCGCAAUUCAGUCGAGUAGGAGAAUGGCGUUCAUUUGCCAGUCUUAUGUCAGAUAAAGAUCCCUACGAGGUGUGCAGAUACAUGCUGGCAUCCCUUCAGUUGGCUAAUGAUUACACAGUUGAAGUUUUGCAGAAACCCGGCCUACAUGAUGGAUUGGAUACUAUGACACUGCGUCUAUUAAGUCAGCAAAGAGCACACGAGAGGUUCAAAACCUACACGGCGCCGUCCAUCUCGCAGCAGUGACGGACUCUUCGUAGCCUUUUGCUUGCUGUGUUAGCUGAUAAAUUACUCCUGCCCUACACUGCUCAGCUGUAAACAGCCAGAGGACAUUGUGUGAUCUAGUCAUAGUCAUGUGGCUGCAGUAUUUUUCAAGCACAGGGUUCUGGAAGGCACUGCAGAGUUCUCAGAUGUACACAGCCAUGCUGUAAUCACCAGCCUGUACAGUCCUUCAACUCUUAUGGCGAUCAUGACUGGGAAACACUUUAUUGUGCAGAGCGCAACAUAUUCAGACAAUGCAUUAUGUUGGUAUAAUUAUAAUGCUCACCUGCAUUCAUUUCAUUUACUGAUUUUCUAAAUCCUACUUUACCAUUUUAAUUUAUGCACGUUCACAUACAGAGCCCCAUUAGCUAACAAUUUUUUAUUGAAUAAAAUACUGUACAUAUGUUAUUUUAUCCAAUAUUCUAUAGAGCAUUCCUGUUUGUCUUUGGGUUUUAUGUCUAUAUAAACCACUUCAUUAUUAUAUAUCAGUGGAUUGAAGAUUAUUUUUAAAGUGUUUGUCUGUAUAAAUGUAAGAAAAAAAGAGCAGAAAAAAAUCUUCCAUAUAGAACCCAACGUUUAUUAUAGUGAGAAUGAGGAUGGUUGUGUGUACAAAGUGUGUAUUCAAGAUAUAAAAAGUGACAAAUGUCUGGAUAUUGUAUUAACCACAUUGCAUAUAAUGUGUCACUUUUUAUAUAUAAAUUUUGCAAAGUGACACAAUUGUAUUGCUUGGUGUUGAAAACAACAUGCAUUUUUUUUUAUUAUUACAGGGUUUAGCAGGACAUAGUAAAUGUGAUAUGAAUAUAAAGCACGUGCUUGUGAAGGUAUGGAGGCAGCAAUAGCUGAGUUAUUUAAAAAAAAUAGAAGAAAAGUCCAUAGAACGAAAGAUAACCGGUAGCAUAUCUAUUGAAGGUGCAGACCCUAUGAUCACAGUGGGGCCCAGGGAAGUAAGUGGCCUGGAAGGAGGGGGAAGGAAGAACUAUCAAGGCCUGGCAACUUCACUAAUCCUGGCAGGAACAUGGCAAUGUCGUUUUAUGGACAAUUAAACCAUGUAAUCAGGUGUGAUCCAUUUCUCAUAGUUAGAAAGGAAGUUUCUUGGCUCUUCGUAUCUUGGCAAUGUAUCUUCGUAUUUAAGAUAAUCGAGCGAUAUUAGGUAAUAUCAGCCCUUUUUGUAAAAUAUCUCCUGUCCUUGUCUUACUUUGGAAUUAACAGUUACUGUACUGUUAAAGGGGUUGUUCACCUUCAAUCACGUUUUUACGUUCAGUUCAGUUUUAGAUUACCAGAAAUAAAGAAUUUUUCCACUUAUUUUCUAUUUGUGACUGUUUUUGGAAAAACAGUAAAAAAUAAAUAGUGGGGGUAAAAAGUCUUUGUUUAUGGUGAACAAUCUGAAAACAGCUUCACUGAAUAAAAGUGUUUGGAAGGUGAACAACCCCUUUAACAGAUGCAUUAGAACCUGUGAGUUCAAGUCACUGUGAGCCACAUUUCAGAUUAGAAUUUCCUAUGAUGAGUAAUCUGUUCUAAGUGGGUGUUGAUCUGCUGUGUCUGAUAAACCUAAUACUACUGCAUGAAUACCAGAUUUCUUCACAAAGUGAAAAUGAUUGAACAUUUGUUAAACCGGAACAGAUUGUGUAAUUAAAUAAAAUCAACUGUAGUGGAUGUUUAAUA